AUGGGUUGCCAGGUCCCAGAGGACCAGCAGGACCUCCAGGAGAUACAGGUCUCCCAGGCAUUCCCGGGCUUCAAGGUCCACCAGGUAUACCAGGUAAUCCAGGUCAGCCUGGAGGUGAAGCUGGAGAACCUGGUAGAAUCAUCAAUGCAGCUGGUUCCAGUUCGGUUGCCAUCCCCGGACCUCCAGGCAGCCCCGGACACGCUGGUGUUGCCGGAUCCCCUGGACUCUCAGGUCCUGUUGGCCCUGCUGGUCUUCCUGGAACGCCUGGUCCCAGGGGAGAAAGGGGAGAGGAAGGAGAGAAGGGAGGCCAGGGAAAGCCUGGACGUGCACCUGUGGCUAGUCUUCGUGGCCCACCUGGCCCUCCAGGGCCCCCAGGAGAACCAGGUAAGGGUCCCCCAGGUCCUGAAGGUCCUCAAGGAGAGCCAGGUGUACCAGGUGUUGGUGUGCCCGGCCCCCGAGGAGAUAAGGGAGAGCCAGGUAGCUUCGUGCCCAACUCAGGAACCUUCUUCGCUGGGCCCCCAGGACCUGCUGGCCCAACUGGUCUUCCGGGAUCACCAGGACCCCAGGGUUACCAAGGUGACCCAGGUCAGCCCGGUUUACCAGGAGUUCCCGGAGAUCCCGGUGUCGGUUUCCCUGGACCCCAGGGACAACCUGGAGGUCCAGGACCAGAAGGGGACAGUGGACUUCCAGGGCCCCAAGGUCCAGAGGGCCCCGAGGGGCAACCGGGUCCAAAAGGUGAGGCUGGCGUUCCAGGUGCUCCAGGAAUCCCUGGCUACUCCAGUGGUGGAUCAUCCAGGAGUUCCCCUGGAGCACCAGGUCCACCUGGACCUCCCGGGGCUCCCGGCCGUGAUGGGCCACCUGGGUCUGGGGAUGGAACACCGGACGUCCGUCAAUACAUCACAGAAUACCUCAAGAGCGAUGGUGUCAGAGAGUACAUGUUGGGUCCUCCGGGUCCUCCGGGUGUACCGGGGCCCCCUGGUGGUGGAUCAGUGGAGUCAGUGGACGACCUUGCUAGUCGCGUCAUCGCGUACAUCCAGAGUGGAGGUAUUGCUAGUGGAGUGCCUGGACCUCCAGGCCCGCCUGGCGCUCCCGGUGGAGGCAGUACAUCGCUAAAUGACAUCAUCAGCCUUCUACAGAGGGAGGAAGUGCGACAGUACGUCAUAGGUCCUCCUGGCCCUGCUGGACCUCCUGGCAUCCCAGGGAUCCCAUGGAGAG